AUGCUGACAGAAUACCUGAGACAACGUGAUGGGCCUGACUUUCACGAAAAUCUCAUGAAGCUGACUUUUAAUAUCACGCCUGUCGAAGUUGCGAAUAACUUCUGCCGAAGCGUUUUGGAAAGGGGGAUAUUUUGUCGUCAGCGCCCAUACAUCUACCUUGGUCACUCGGAUGAGCAGCUUGCCAAAAAAUCUUGUUACUUUAUCGCAGCAACACAUGAAGAAAUCCACGACCUCUUGUCAAAGUUUGGAGACUUUUCUGGUGAGAAAAACGUGGCAAAGCGUGCCAGCAAAAUCGCCAUGCUCUUUUCACCAUUAAUAAAAACUGUCCACUUAGAUGAAAAUUAUUUCAAGGUCGAACCAGAUGUGACAGGUGGAGUUUUCCCCUCGCACACUUUCACCGAUGGAUGUGGUUUCAUGUCUUUAAGAUUCGCUUCCGAAGUGCAACAAGUCUUAGAUCUUGACUACCAGCCUAGCGCCGUCCACAUACGCUAUCGAGGCAUCGAGGGGAUGCUAAUUCUUAAAGAAGAUCUGAGUGGCAUUAAAGUGCAGUUCCACAAAUCAAUGCAAAAGUUCCUGGACCCUGAUAAGAAAGAGCCUGACGUUUUUAACAUCGUCAAUGUUAUCGGUUAUUCACGCCCAUUCACCAAUGGUUAUUUUAACUCUCGAAUGAUCAUGUUGCUUGAAGAACGUGGUGUUUCUGCCCAGAGUCUUGAGGCCUUACAAGAUGACUACCAUGAGUUGUUGGAAGGCAUAAACAAAGGAACCUCUGACUCUGAGUACUUCCUAAUGUUAAAGGGGGAAAUUUAUCUUUUGCAAGAAAUCCAAGACAACGGAAUUGACGGUCGCACAAAAAGGGAACUUAAGCGUUUACAGAAGCGCGAGCUGGAAGAAAUGGAGAAAGCUACGUACACAAGAGUUCUUGUCCCCAAAUCUCGCGAAGUAUUUGCUGUGUGUGAUCCUCUCAACAAGUUGAACUAUGGUGAGUGCUACUUCAAUCCCACUCUUCCUGGUAACAAGGCACGAGAUUUUACUGCCGGCCAGAAGUUUGUAGUGAUGCGAAGCCAAUGUUAUCAUCCAGGAGAUGUGCGUGUGUUGAAAAUGACUGACAAAAGAAAAGGGUACGAGAAACUGAAGGAUUGUCUGGUGUUGCCCGUCAAAGGCCCACGCCCCCAUGCGUUUGAAUGUUUCGGAGGUGACCUGAGCGGAAAAAAAUUCUUCGUCAGCUGGGAUCAAAGCAUCCUUCCGAGUGGAAAAGAGAAACCAUGCAACUAUUCGCCCUCCGUUAAAGCUAAAAUUUCCGCAGCUGUGGCUCACUCUGUCUCCAAAGUUACCUCGAAAUUCAAGAGAACCAACCCAAGCAAAAGAGUGGAAGACAGAAAGGAAAUGGAGCUGUAUUUUGCCACAUAUUCUGAUCAAAUAAGCAAAGAGAUCGAACAGGCAUACUUGCAAUGUGCAACGACAUCGAGCCUCUCAUCAAAAGAAUUCCGACAUCUCAGCAAGAUGUUGUACCAAGUUACCAUCCCUGGAGAGGAUCUUCAGGAUUUGCAGGAAGAGCUCAACAGCAUAAAGCCUAAGAUACCCUCAGGAAAGAGCACAGGUCUACCAAUUGACCACGAGCUACAGCAUGCAUAUGAAAAUCCGGAGAUAGAGCAUGAGCUAAGCACAAUCAGUGGACCGUCAAGAAGGCAAGUGAGCCUUACCGGAAGUCGGUCUACAAGUUUAGCGGCAAGUUUGGAUUCAUCACUCGAUGAAGAGGAUUUCGAGGAGCGGCAGUCACUCAGACACAACACAAUGUCCGCGACGACUGCAUGCGAAGGUAGCGCAGGAGAUUCCUGUCACCGUGGUAUCAAAAUAUGGCAAAAUAUUGACGACAAAGCCAAGGAAUUUGUUCACCGUAUGCAGCGUGAAAUGAGGAAGAUCGUCGUGUAAAUUUCAGGGAGAGUUAAUGACGGCAGUUUUCGACAUCCACUUCAUUGGAGGUGGCUCAUAAUAGCCGUUUACUUGUUAUAGCGACCCAAUCAUAACUACUCUUGACAAUACAUUGCCAUACCUUUUUUUCUUGCAAAACUAUUUUUUGAGAAAAAAGAAGUUGCGUUAGUGGUCGAAACUAUAAUUUUCCAGCGUGUCCUAUACAGAUAUGAACUUGCUGUGCUUACACCUUUGUUGGAUGGUCACGCAUACACCGUCGCUGAAUGGUCACGCAACAGUUUCUACUCGGCCUAUCAUCAUCUAACUCUACAAUUAACGUAAAAGAUAUACUCUGAACUGUUGAAAGUUUCCUUACUUUCUAUCAUAGGGUUUUAAAGACAGUAUACAUAGGAAUUUCUUGCUGGAUAUUAUAACCUCACUCGUCGAAAAAAUCGAUAGUAAUGUCUUAAAAUGAGUGUGCAAUAAAACGAAUAUCUCUUUGUAUGACAAAACAUUAAUUUAGACAAAUGAGUUGGCUUUAGCGUUUGUAAGGAUUCACCGUUUUCUCUUUAAAGUAUUCGACUGUUGUUUUGAUAUUAAAUUUUCCUGUCGUUACGACAGGAUUGAGCAAAAAUUUCAAGAGGUUUUACUAUAUCAAAGUAAGGAUCAGUAAUGACACGCUGGAGCCGAAAUUUGCCACGUCAGAUGUCAGCGGUAAAGACAUGCGUAGAAAACAAAUCAACUUUGCUUUGAAAUAGAACUACAUUACUUAACAUCACAAAGGGUUACCCCAAUAGUGAUAGACAUGAUAUAAAUGAGACAUCCACAUAGAUAGUCAGCGCUUUUGUUUCUCAAGUAUAGCGUAGCCUUGUCGGAGGAAACUGCGUAGGGAUGCUAGAUCUUUAGGUUCGACAUGUGAGCCGAAAAUAGAACACUGAUAUUUGUUAGGGGGAUGUAGUAAAUAAAAAAAGGCGUUAUGUUUUAUUUCAAAUAAUUGUCAGCAUUUAUCAAAAGUAUAAUAUUUAAAUAUAAAUCAUCAAACUUUGGCCGACUGCUCUAAGGUUUGUUCCUUUUUUAAAUGAGCGGAAAUUUCCAAGAGCGAGCGCUCCGUGGACGUCAUAAGCAAAGGCUCCAGACACUAGCAAGACAAAAUGGUGAUUGAUAAAAUCGAUGAUAAGCAAAGAACUUGAAAACUACCAAAUGCCUAAACAGACGGGUUGACACCACAGUCUCGUACCCAGGCGCGGUCACGGCCGUGGACAACCUUAUACAGGGAGCCUGGGGAACACCAAAAAGGAAGGUUUUGUUGUCGUUGACGUCAUUUGGCUAUAAUAGACACCAAGUGAACUUGAACCUUUCACAAAGGACAGUUGGACAAAGGUCCCAGAAACUAAAAACAUUACUGGGCUUUGACGAUACGUCCAUAGAUGGUUAAGAGGACUUAAGAUUUUUAUGUAAGGUAAGAAAUGAGGAUAAUCACACUGUAGGAUUAUUUGAAAAGUUCGCUGUCUAAGGAAAAUUAAAGAGAAGACUUACGAAGUUUUCGGUUCUCCUUAGAAAUGUAAUUUCAAUUGCUGAUCAAUCCACACAACAUACCUGUUUGUUCAUAGUUCACCUUUUUGUUUGUCAGAGUUCUGUUGUGUUGCGAUCGGGAGAAUUUCGUCGGCGUAGAUGAGUUUUUUUGGAAGGAUCAGAAUUUGUUAAUAUAUUUUAUCAAUAUUUCAUGUAUGAGUACAAAAAACGCGGUGGUACAGCAAACCGUGAGAGUGAUGACAACGCAAUUUUCUCGACAAAAGCACUUUGAAAACAAUACAUCGUUUAUGAAUUGUUAGGGAACGUAUUUAUCUGUACAAGCCGCCAAACAUUUUCAUAAAAUAUAAAUGAAUUCUCCCAUUCAGAGAAAAAUAUUUACAAUUUUAAAACUCUCGGCUAACUUCCUUUCGAAAGAGCAAAACGUUCGCUUUAUUAUCGUGUCAGAAGCGGACAUAACACCAAAUUUGUCAAACGUAAGCGUCUUAUCACAGAGCCAGAAAUUAUUUAUUCCGUUUGCACUGUUCCAUUCGUCUCCUAAGUGUCUGAUGAUCAUAUGAUUACUGUUCUUAAAACUUGUUUCGUUUUCAUAUUACAUCUACAAGAGUAUUAAAAUAAUUCUAAUAAUUUUUCAAAUUAAUAGACCUUUGAUUAUAACCGAUCCUCGUGAUGGUCAAUUGGAGUUUGUCUCUGUUGUGAUUCAGUUCGUUGACAAUGCAGCUUCCAGAACAACUGUCUAAGAACAAAGACAAACGACUCUAAGGCAAGUAAUCAUAUUGUUUCAGAUCACAACAGCAGUAAGUGAGCCAGAUUACUGAUAACGAUGAAGUUAAAAAUUCAGUUUCGAUUGACAUUUGAUUAAGUCUAUUAUAAAUUACGACUAUUUGUGUUGAAAUGCAUAGGUAGAAAACGGUUCUUUGGAGCAAAUCCUGCCACAAGUUUUUUCGGAAUUUGCCCUUGACUCGACAAUGAUAAAUGUUUAGAUCAACUGAUAGAAAAUAAAUGAUAGUUGCGAUGUUUUUUAAGUUUAAAAGAUGAGAGAUUACAUCCGAGUAACCUAUCAACCUCUCGGUCUUGUGAUUCGCUCUCUUCCGUUUUAAAUUAAAUAAUUUUCUUCUAUCAUCUUCCUGUGAAGUGGAUUACUGCGUAUGUGUCACUAACAUGGACAAUUGCAUUGAGUUAACAAAUGUGGGUUACGUAAUGAUAGAAUACCACAUAGCUUCGCUCUAGUAAGACGUGGAAAAUGCAGACCCGGUUAUUAGUAUUUCUCGGUGAUAUAACGAAAGGUAGAAACAAAUGGUUUGACGCCACAAAGCUAGAUUAUGCAGCCAUGUUGAAGAGAACAGAUCAAAUUAAAGAAAAUUAUGCAGUCGUGUUGGCAAAGAACAGAUCAAAUUCAGAAAGUUGCCUGCUGAUCUGUCGAUUUUAGCUUUGUUCAAACAAAACAAACAGGCAAUAACAGGCCCAUGUUGGGAUGAGAUUAACGAAAGCCUGAGAGGUUUUACUCGGCUUAUAGAUCAUAAACUUAAACCUUUUGAGACAAAUCUUCAAUAUUAUAAAAACGUGAUAGUGGAAACAUCGUUCUUCCGAAAAAAUUUUUUUAUCUCUGUUAUGUAAUUUUAGCUCGGAAGCGUGUUGUGCAUAUGACCACUCAUUUUCGUGCCAUUUUGUUAUCAUCACUUGUUGCGUGAUGUUCAUGGCUUAUAUAACACGAAAACUUUAUUUUCGUGUUACUUUUUAAAGUAUUUCGAAAUUUAUUUGGUUUAAAAAUUGAAAUUUUGCCCUGAUUUUGAUGCAAUGGGCAACGAAGUGGUUCAAGGUUUGGGAAAUUGAUUUUAUAACUGUAAAGUAAAACAUCACUCUUCCUUACGAUGAGGUUAAAAGAUUCCGGCUGACGAAUGAAAUGAGUGCGUGAAAUCUGGUACACAUCCUCUCUCUAAAGCGUGCUAUGCACAUGAUUUCCCCAAGGUUCUUUGUUUACCAAAUUGGCAAUGGGAAAUUUUGGAUAGUUCGACUUGAAAUAAUCCCUCGCUCUAAGAGAUCGAAUUUUUAUCUACGAGUCAUCUGUACUGACAGAAAAAAAACGCAAUCGAAAAGUUUCAGUUUUGAUGUCUUCAUACAUAUUUUUUUUCCUCAAACAGUAGCCUGCAGGCGUCUUAUGAGUGCGAGCUAACGUUAUAAGCUCGCGAUCGUUUAUCCGACCGGCUAUGUUUGAUUUGCAGUUAGAGUGGACGGUGGGGGUAGGGGGCGGGGGAAAGGGCUCCCCCACCCCUCCUGCCCUCUUCAUUUUUGACCGUGGAUCGCCCCCUUGGUACAAAUUUAUUUCUCUCCCCAGCCUUUCGCUGUCAUUAGAACUAAAGAUGGCGGCUAUAAUUUUCGUUAUGAAAUUACUGAGCACUCGCUCGCCAAAAUUACGCCUGCUCUGCAGGCUACUCAAACAGUUGCGCCCUUUCCGCACCUAUACCAAUAUCAAUAGACAUAUUCUUUGCAUCGUUCUUCAUAUUCAAGUUUAACUUACCGGUACACACAACUUACUGCUCAAACAUCAAGUAGGUGUUAUGGCGAGGACAAUCAUUUUCAAACUUAAGAAGAAACUUCGGGUUAAUAGAGUCUCAAGAAGCAACGAAACACUACAAUAUCGCUAAAAAAAAUAUUGACAUAUUUCACUGGUCCUAAUUCGGCCAACCAAGGGCAAAUUUGAGACAAACUGGAAGCUACUAAUAAAGUAAUUUGGUUUUAUCAACUGAAUUGAUACUGUAAAUUGGUCUCCAUAAACGAAGCUCUUAAAAGUGACAUUUCGAGCGUUAGCCCUCGACCAACGACGCAGUACCACAGUUCCUUUAGAAACUUAUCCCUUAAAAAGAGAAAGUAGAACAGGGUAGAAAGCUUAGAAAAUCGAGUUUAAAUGACGUUUGAGUGGUACAAUUUAUUGCAAGAGCAGCAAACACUGGUUUGGAAGAAAGGUUUCAGCUCAACUGAAAUUAAGGGAGUAUUCACGCUAACUACUGCAUUCGAGACACAAUAUUACUACAAUUUAUCAGUCGCAUGUUUAAAACAUAUAAUUCCGCUGGCUUCUGAGAUCGUCAAAUAAUAUAUUUUGACAGGCAGGAAUGUUAUGAGAUGGUAUCUGGCACGUAUUCCUGAAGUCCAGAUUCAUCGUAUAAAAUGUUGAAAAUCUCAGCUUUCCUCAGCUUUAUUUUUAAAUCUUCGGUAAAUUUUCAUGGUUUUUUCAUUGAAAGUAUUACUGAUCAUAAAAAUUCAUUAAGAAAAAGGUCACGCAAGCUACCAAAUAAAAGGGGAAUCCUCCAGGUACUUUUUUCUGUUUUGAGUGAUUUUUAUUAUAGUUUCGGCGCUUUUUAGUAACUUUUCCUCGACCUGUGCUUUUUCAAUUUCAACUGUAAUACUUCCUCUCAAAAACCGAGGUUUUCUUCUGUUCUUCCUGUGGCUAUUUUCUCGACUCUAUCACCGCCGGGAGUUUCUUUUGCGAUCUCUAGAUAUGAAAAUUCUUUAAUCGCGAAUCCUAAACCAGCGUCUUCUAUAGAUAACAUUUUUUUCAUUAAGGAAGCUCUUAGAACCUUUUCAGGAGGACAAAAUGAAAUUUGCUCGAGCGAAAGAACACACCACUACGCCCAGUUACAUCAAAUCAUGAGGACGCUGUUUCAUAAACGUCAACAUCAACAGAAAUGCAAGUUCCUAUUGGACAAAGCAAAACCUGUUCUAAGUCACUGAAUAAUUUCAGGAUCCCACAGGUGGAUUGGCAGUUUAACAAAAAACCAAUUUACAGUUGAACGCUAAUUGUAGUUAUGAUCUUACGUGAAACAUGCAGUUUUACGGUUUAAUGAACAAAACAGCAGGUACUAGUUAUUACUGACAUGCGGGGAAUUCCAUAGGUUCGAUUGAAACCCCAUAAUUACCAGUUCGCUAGAGGUGUACAUUUUUAUUUUGGCGAUAAAGUUUCGAAGUUUUGCAUUUCUGAGGAGCAAAACUGGUUAACAGACCCCUUCUGUGUUCGUGGUUGGCCAGGUUCCAAUUUGCCUUGCCCUUUUCCUGACAGACUUCUAAUAAAUAUUAACGAUUUCAAUGAGCCUUUGCAUAACCUUAAUUGAGUGCUGGUAUGUUUUUUCACAGGAAACGAAGACAAGACUACGUCCGGUCCAACCUGAAUAAUCUGAUGGCUUUCCACCGGUGCAUAGACUUGUCAGAUGUAAAUGUUCCCUUAAAAGGCCACCAAGCCGAAGCGCACAUACUGCACGUCAAAUUUCAUGGGAUCGAUCGAGACGAUUACAAAGUUGAGUAUGAAAAGCUCGAAAGCACUUUGCUGACAGAGUACUUGAAACAACGCGAUGGGCCCGACUUUCAUCAAAAACUUAUGAAGUUGACGUUUAAUAUUACACCAGUCGAUGAAGCGAAUGCCUUCUGCCAAAGCGUGCUAGAAAGAGGGAUUUUUUGUCGUCAAAGCUCGUACUUCUUCCUGGGUCACUCGGAUAAACAACUGAAAGAAAAAUCGUGUUACAUGAUGAAAGCUUCUAAUGAAGAAAUUCAUGAGCUCUUGUCAAAGUUUGGCAAUUUUUGGGAGGAGAAAAACUUAGCAAAGCGGGCUAGAAAAAUCGGCAUGCUCUUCUCAAGGUUGAACAGAACCAUGCCAUUGAGAGCAGACGAGUACACAGUCGAGCCAGAUAAAAAGGGUGGAGUAGUUAGGUCGUACACUUUCACCGAUGGAUGUGGUUUCAUGUCUCCAAACUUUGCUUCAGAACUUCAACAAAUCUUUGAACUGAAUUACAAGCCGAGCGCCGUCCACAUACGAUAUCGAGGAAUCGAAGGCGUGCUGUGUCUCAAAGAUGAUUUGACAGAAGUUAAGGUGCAGUUUCACAAAUCAAUGCAGAGGUUCUUCACACCAGACGAGAAUAUGCCUCACACGUUCAACUUCAUCGAUGUCGUGGAUCACUCGCGUCCCUACGUUAAUGGUUACCUUAAUUCUCGAAUGGUCAUGUUGCUGGCAGAACGUGGUGUGUUCCCAGAGAAUCUGGAAGAUUUACAAGAUGGCUUCCAUGAACUAGUGGAAAACAUGUGCAAAGAAACCGCAGAAUACUUCCUUUCCUUCAAAGGAGAAUUUCGACUUCUGCAGGAAAUUCAAGAGAAUGGAAUCGACAGUGGUGUGAGAAAUCGCCUGAAAUUGUUACAAAAGCAAGAGCUAGACGAGAUGGGAAUGGCUGCCUACACAAGAGUACUUGUUCCCAAAUCCCGCGUGGUGUUUGCAGUGAGCGAUCCUCUACACAAGCUGAAGUAUGGUGAAUGUUAUUUCAACCCUACUACCCCGAGUGAAGAAGCAAGGAAUUUCUCUGACGGCCAAAAGUUUUUGGUGACACGCAGUCCGUGCUACGUCCCAGGGGAUUUACGCGUGUUGAAAUUGACGAAUGAUCGCGAAGGGUACGAGAACUUGAAGGACUGCCUGGUGCUGCCCGCCAGAGGUCCACGUCCUCAUGCCUUUGAAUGUUCCGGCGGCGACUUGAGUGGAGAGAAGUUCUUCGUUUGCUGGGAUAAGAAAAUCAUUCCAAGUGGCAACGAGAAACCAUGCGACUACUCGCCCACAAAGGGAGCUACAAUUCGUCGAACUUCGUCUAAAUCGCUCGCAAAGGUAACUGAGAAAUUCAAGAAAAAUGACAAUGGCAAAGAGGUGAAACAUCGUGAAGAAAUGAUGCAGUACUUUGCUACAUACUCUGAUGAAACACAGAUUAAGAUUGAACGAGAAUACAUGAAAUAUGCAACUGGCAACGGCCCAUCAUCGAAAGAAUGCCGACACCUUAGUAAGAUGUUAUACCAAGCCACCAAUUUCACCAAAGAUGCAAAUGAUCUCGAAAAGCAACUUGAAGAAACGGAACAACCGACAAGUUCGGAAUUGCCCUCGAAUUCACUACCUAACAGGCUAUCGUGCGUGUUUGCCAUGAGCGAGAAAGAAUCUGUGAAUGAAAUAAUGAGGAGAAUCGACAGUAAGGCAAAAGAGUUCUUCGAGCGAAUGCAAUUUGAAACAAAGAAGAGCGAAGCUUAGGCCCACGUGAGAAAGAGAGCAGUAGCUUUUUAUACCACCUAUUGAUAUCUAGCGGUCUGAGUGGAACAAAAAAGAUAAAAACUUUAAAAACCCAAAGUUGGGAAUGUGCGUUACCUCAUAGAACAUCACUUUAAAAAACACUUUUUGGAAGUUUAGAUACUUUUUCUUUCCCGCCUUCUGACGCUUGGUUCACAAGAACUCCUGACAUCCAGCACAGCUUAAACAUGGACUGAUAAUAGUUAGUUUAUAGAUUGAAAAUCGACAACAGGCAAACUCUUAGGUAAUAUUUCUUAUGAAAACGAAACUUCAUCUCGCAAUCACUUAUCAUAAUUGUUACCUUUCUGUACAUACCAGUUACGAUAUUUGGAAAAGAGUGUGUACGAGAGUAUUCCUGUUGAUAAUUUUCCACAUAUAAUUUUUAUUUAUACAAGAUUCAUCACCAAGGGCGAACUCCCUUUCCCUUUUUUGAAGCAUAUUCGUUGUUUUGAAUCAUAUGCUAAUAUAGGACUAUUUUGGAAUUUGCUUUAGAUUUUGUAUAGUUUUUAUCGGCUAAACUGAAAGAAUUUUUCAGCUCGAUUUUUUUUUUGUCCUUUUACUUUCGUAUUUAGUAUCAUCGGUGAAAAGUGCAUGUAUAAAUAAGAGACUUGUGUUAACUUUUAUUGGCUUUGAGUGCGCCGAUUAAUCGUACAAAUGAAGCCUGUUGUGUUUUGUGUUAUCGCCCUAGCAGGUGUUUUCUGGUUGUCAGGCUUAUUUUCACGUAACUUUUAAAAUAAAAGGCUAGCGUGACGUCUUUGUAAAGCGGCAAGCGAGUGAUAUUGGAGUGUUUAACCCUUUUCAAUAUUAAAUUCAUUGCAAUGUAGAAAAAAAAUGUUACGUAUAGCCAUGUUAUCUUUAUCAAUUGCUUUGCAAAGCUGGUAUUAUUGUAAAAUUGAAAACUAAAUAUGCAUUUAAGUGAUGUUAUUGCCUUAAUUCGUGAACUAGGUAGGGAAACAAAUAUUCCGAUUUCAGAGUUAUAUGCGGGCGGUGGGAACUGAGCAUAAUCAUAACAGCAUGUAAACCUGAACAAUGUUUGAAUUAAACAGUUUUUGAUGAGACGUACAGUGGUAAUUGGUGUUAAUGGCGAAGUCGCGAAGAUUUGACCGCGCUUUUCACGGUGCCUCUUUUGCCUCAACCUUCCCCAUGCAAGACGAAUGAAGUCCAUAGAAAAAAACUUCCUAGCUAAAAACGGUGAAUUUUUUUGUCAAGAGAAAUUCGAAGCAUCACAUUUCAAAGCAUCACAUUGCCAGAAAAAUAGAGGGUAACAAUUUAUCGAACUUCAAAAUGAAAACGAAUUAAUCAGUGGGGAGUUUUGGGAUCGGAACACUGAAGAAAGUCCAUUUAAAAUAAGGAUGGCGACUACUUUGAAAGAAGGAAAGCCUAGAGCAGAACAGAACAGAUCAGCUCGUGAAAACUGCUGUCAGUUGAGGUUUACCUUAGUUUGACUCAUUUGUGUUAAAGUUUAACUUCAAAUUUUCAAUCGAUAGUGAACAAAAUCUUGGCAGCGAAAUCCUUGUUUGCGUUAAUCAGCCCGAGUGGUUGUGUUCUAAUCGUACUUCUAUUGUUUACGACCUUCUUUUCUUGUGGGAUCUGAAACACACUAACAAAAUAUAAGAAAUAAGUCUGCUAACUUAUACUUUCAGUAUUUAACACAUUUUAACAUUUCCGAAUAAAUAUUUCUUUUCUGAACGUGGAAAAAUUGCCAAGAUAAACAGCAGACACAAAACUGAGGAGCAAGACUUUCCACGGCCAAAAUUAUAAUAGAACACUGUUUGCAUUAAAAACAGAUCUAAGUUUUUCACUGUUCAGACAAGGUGGUGUUUUAAUCGGAGACGGUCACCAUGACACAUGUGCGAGGGGUAUUUAUUGGGGCAAAUUUGGAAAUUUGGAAUUCUCAGAAAACGACCGGAAGUCAAAAAAGACUUCUGAGAAGGUUUUGAAUGCUCCAAUGAUCUGCAUGCAUUUAGUGCGUUACUCCAUGCAUGUCCAAUUUGGUGUCUGGUAUAUGCCGAGCUACUAUCCACAAAAUAUUGCUCUGAAAGUUAGCUGGGAACUAAACUAGCUGAAAAUUUGGGAAAGUCUACCUGCGAGAAAGAUCCCGAAGGGCAGGUAAGGAAAAUUAAAGCGGAUUCGCAUGGGAAUAUCCGGAAAUAAAUGUCUGAAUUUCGUAACUAGGAGAUUUAGCUUUUAAGGUUCGAAAUGCCAUCCAUUACUAACUCCCGGCAGAAGAAAAUCAUCGGAGAACUAUAAAAUUGUUUUUAAAAGACAUAGCAUUGCUAUUAUCAUCAAAAUUGUCCGGCGAAGUAGUUUGUCACUAUCAGCAACAUCUGCGAAACGACAUGCGACGAACAACUGAAGCGGAUGUUUGAGCAGUUCAGUCACAACACAAGGACAAAAUUGUUGACUUAGUGGAGCUGAUACAAAAAGAAAAUCACUCGUCAAAAUAAAUUACAAGGCUUUUGUGAAACAUCAUAUCGGACGGCAACACCGGAAUACGAAAAAGCGGAAAUCGAAAGAGGAAAAUUGUUGCAGUGGACGAACCAAAGAUGAAACCUAACAUCUUUCAGUGAUCACAUUUUGAACGCCGAGCUACAAUCGUCGAACAAACUGCCUCUAUUCCGUUCUGUAAAUUUGUACUAGUUUUGUCAAAAUUAGCUGUUGAGUUCUGCGUUAAACCUCAUUGAAAUUUGUAUACAUUACAAUUUUCGCUGACAUGUUAGUUUACAUUUUGCCUCUUCUGCAUAAAUCAGACAACAACAAGAAGUAUACACCAGCAAACCCUGCAGGGGAGGGGAAGGGGAGGAAAACUCCUUUAUCUGGCGCUAACUGCGGUGUGUGUCGCCAGACAGGACCGAACAGGGAAUGGUUUUGGGGCCUUGAGCCUUAAACAGGGAAUUAAAUUUUUUUGAUUCACCGGCGUCUUGAAAGGGCGUCUUUAGAGAUGAAAGAAAAGAAAGAAAGAAGGGAGUUAAAAGUAGUUCCAAGUUCUUCGUUCGACUGCAUGUACGUGUUAGUAUCUUUCCUUUAGGCAAAAAAUCACGAGGACGGAUUGACAUGUAGCGAAUUGAUGAACUAUUUCACAACAAUUUUGCGGCCUACCUGGGGCAAGAAUAAGCGAGAUGCUAGCCUCACUUAGCGAAAGUAGCGUAUGAAAGCCUAAUAAUUGCGAUCUACUUUAAAAGCAAAACAUGACCAAGCUGUCCAGUCUUUUUGACAUACUUUGCGACAUGGGACUACAAGUUCCCGGACAGACCUGAAAAAUAGAGGAAAUGAUCAUAAAUUCUUAUUCUUCCGCUAGAAAAUCCAAACGAUGGACCCAUACGGUAUACCAGAUGAUAUGAUAACAAUACCUCCUAAAGACCACUUACAAACGGUCAAAUACGUGAAACACUUUGACAUACAAGGAAAUCGGGUGCGACCGCCUAUGAAGUACAACAAGAUGGAAGGUGGCAACCUUUUCCUGGAAUACCUCAUGUCUGUGCAAGGUCCACAAGUGGUCGACAGGCUAAUGACAGUAGGCUUUCGUCCUGAAAGAGGGGCGGAAACUGACUGCUCAGAAAGGAUCCUAAAAAGAGGCAUUCUUUUUAGCGGCGAGGUUUAUCGAUUCCUCGGCCAUUCCAACUCUCAACUUAAGGAGAGAACUUGUUUUCUAAUGAACGACUCGGAUGAGCACAUUUACGAGCUGCUCGCGGAGUUUGGCAAGUUUUCCCAGAUCAAAUCAACCGCCAAGCGUGCAAAGAGAAUUGGACUGUUAUUUUCGUCUUUCAGUCAAAGCAUAACUCUGGAAGAACACCAGUACGAUGUUAUCAACGACAUCGAGCGCGGAAAUUAUAUUUUUACCGAUGGAUGUGGUUAUAUGUCAGAUUCAUUCGCGCAAGAAAUACAAGAUGUACAACACCUUGAAAGCAAACCUUGUGUGGUACAAGUCAGGUACCAAGGCUUUAAAGGUGUCUUGCUCCUCAAUUCCCAGCUAGACGGUGGCGUAAAGGUACAGUUUCGUAAGUCCAUGAGGAAAUUUGCUAUUCCGGAUGAGCAGAUGCGCCGAACUUGUACCACGUUUGGUGUCGUAAAGUGUUCCCGGCCAUACACCAUUGGCUACCUUAACAAGCAGAUUACGAUGCUGUUGGCGGACAGCGGAGUUAAGCACAGCUACCUAACUGGGCUGCAGAAUGAUUAUCACGCAUUGCUCAGAGAGGUCUUGGGCAGUGAACAAACCGCCGAAUUCUACCUGCGUAUCAAAGGUGAGCACAAAUUUCUCAAUUGGUUGCACGACGAUGGUUUGAAAAGUGACAGCUUACAAAGGGAACUCAAAAGUCUUCGUAAUAAGGAAAUUCGCAAAAUGCAGAAAGAAUCCCCUAAGGAUGGAAACGACGACACCAGUCAAACAAAUGGUUCAAAAUGUAAGCUGAGGGUUCUUGUUCCAAAUUCAAGGGUAGUGUUCGGUACAUGCGAUCCAUUUGACGACCUUGAGUACGGCCAGUGCGUUUUUCAACCAACUCUUUAUGACGAGGUGCAAAUUGCAGAGUUUCAAGCGGCUCAAGAAGUGAUGAUUGUUCGGAAUCCCUGUUAUCAUCCAGGUGACAUCCGUGUAUUGAAACUCGUGAAAAACCUCCGAAAAUACGAGUAUCUCAGUGAUUGCAUCGUGUUCCCUACAAGAGGGAACCGACCGCACGCCGACGAAUCUUCAGGAGGGGAUCUUGAUGGCGAUGAAUUCUUCGUGAGUUGGGAUCAGGAUCUGAUUCCUCCAUGGCGCAGUGCUCCCUUUAAAUACUCGUGUAACAGUCCACUCGUCGCGAUUCCAAACGCGUUUAAAGGCUACUUGAAUCAGUUUACUAGUUACUUAAGAGAUUUCAUUACCAGCUGGGCACACCAUUACAUGCCAUCGUUGUUUGGCUCAGCAGAGCACGCCGAGAAAGCUAAAAAAGAGAAAGAGCGAAGACACAUGCUCGAAUACUUCACGUCUUUCAAUAAUGAUCUGGUUGCAAGAGUUGACGCCGUCUUCAUGAAGUAUGCUGCUCUGUACGGACCGUCAUGUUGUGAAUGCGUUUAUUUGACCAGGUACGCAUUUGUUUCGGUUAACUUCCGGUUUCAUUUAGACAAGUCAAGAGAAUAUUGAUUGAGUUGAUAUUCUCUUAAACAAGUAGAAUGUAAAGUUAAGUCACUAAUGGUAUGUAAGAAAAACUAAACAAGAGUUCAUAAUAGUGCGCAUCAUCAUAUCAUAACACCUCUGAAUCUCUUACUUGGCGGAUCACGUCAAGGACGCCAGCAUAGCUCUUUGACUGAAAAAAAUCUAAACGUCUCGCAAAAAAAAAAAAAGAAGAAGAAAAUUAAGACAAGUAAACGUCAUUAAAAAAGUAAGGGUAGUAUUUUACGGCAUUUCACAAAAUCUUAAAAACACCUGUUCUUCAUCGACAGAUUUUUCUCGGACGCCGUUGACAUGUUGGCGGAGAAGGACGAAGUGCUCGCUAAGGUUCGGGAAUUGAAUCGCGACUAUCCCCGUGGAUUUUUCCAGGAUGCAUCCGCACGACAACCAGAUUUCUUUAGACGCAUCCUGAUCCGAAUGAAAAUGCGGAAACCACCAUUCCAACCAGGAGAUGACGUGUGGACGCGCAUGGAAGAGAAAACGCGAUCAUUUGUGGAGGAAAUGUCGGGACGACACUAGUAUCGAGUUGCCCGAGUAUGUUUACAUAUCUUGUCAAGCGGGAGCCCGAUAAUUCUGCUUUAAGUCUUCAUACGAUGUUGACCAUGUGAAAACUGCACAUUUGGAAAUUUUCUGUUACCCAACAGAAAGUUUUCGUGUCCGGAGACUAUGAACAGCAUUUUGUCAAAAUCGGAGUUCCUUGCUCUCGCAUCAACUCAUCAGACAUAUGUUUCGCACGCUCGUUAAAUCCAAUUUUUUUUCGCAAAUAUCUAUUUUUACAAAGAGGUGAAAAUUAACAGUAAUUGAUUGAAUAAUUAAGUUCCCCUGUGAUACAGUGUUACUUCUACAAUCAUUCCAUAUUCUGUUCUUUUUCGUUUUUUAUUAGUUCUGUAUGUAUCCCAUAUAUUAUUGAAAAAGCAUCAACUGUGUUAUACUUACGGAAGUAAAGAUUUCCAAAGAUCCACGGUUGAAAGAGGAAAUUCUGACAGUUUUCGGAUAAACAUUCUUUCCGCGGACAGUUUAACAACCUCGCCUGAAAAUACGACGGUGGAAAAUAAACAGAAGAGUGAAAACGUGGCAAUCUAAUCCGUAAUGGUUAACUUGUACAUUUUUAAAUUCUCGCAUUUUACUGACAAAGGUGUCGAUGAGAGUUCAUAUAUUAACCCUUUACACCCUAACAUCCAAAUGCAUAUUCUCCACAGUGUUCUGUAUACAUUUCCUAAGGAACUGACAAGAGAAUUUGUUUAACAAUCAAGAGCUUCUUAGUUGUUGAUCAUUUUCUUUAUUCCCAUGACCUUAAUGUUUGAUCCAGGAGAGACACCGUAAGGAGAAAGUAGAUGUAGAGUAACUCUUGGGGGUUAAAGAGUUGAGCUAAAUGAUACACUCAUUCUGAUUGGUUCUUUAUCUUACUGGUUCUGGAUCAUUGUUAACAACAUUUUGCUUCAUUAGUAUUCUAUGUUGCAGUGCUUCUGUUAAGUAAUGGAUUACAGAUCACGCAUCCAAACCAGUCGCUAGACACUUUAAUCUCCCUAAUCAUUCUAAACAGCAUAUGGAAGUUUGCGGCCUUUCCUUACAUCUAGGCAGUUCGGAAAGCCGCAUAACACUUGAAGAAAAAUUUAUCUACCAAAUAGGCACCCUUAAUCCUCACGGAAUCAACGAGCGCUUUUCAUUCAACUAAUUUAUUCCUGUCUUCUCGUCACCAUAUUCCCAUCAAUAGCGUAUCUCCACUUUCUGUAUAUAAACCCACACACAACCCACAAUUCCUCCAAUCGCUCUGACGACGGGCUAAUGCUCGAAACGUCAGCUUUUUUUACCCUUUACGAUGGCCAAUUUACGUUUUCAACUCAGUUGUUAACACUAAAUUACCUGCUAUACUCUCCCACCGACGCAGCACCACAGUUUCUUUAGAAACUUACCCCCUUUAUUCAUUUGAUAAAAACAUUAGCCUAGAGGUAAGAUCUAAUCUCCGAGUCUUACGAAUCUCUUGAGAGGAAAAUGGACUUCUAAAAUGUUGGCUCAGUUUCAAUAACCCGAGAAUGAACUGGGACCGAAACAGAUUUCUUAGAAAAUGGCCGGAAGUUGACUGGCGAGGCUUCAGAACAAAUCAGUGAAUGAUCUCAACGAUCAUCUGAUAGUUUUGACGAAGAUCGCCUGAGCUUUUUUCGGAAAUAUUUCUUAAAGCUUAUGAGGAACUUUUCUUCAAAGAAAUAUUACAGAGGUGAGUCAACUGAAUUCAACCAACAACGGAUAUACUAUAUAAAUACAAAUGAACUAGUGGGAUGUCGAAAAAUAAACGUACAUAUGUGAUUGUUUUUGUCUGCCUCGCCUGACACGAAUUGUUCAAAACAAACCCAAGGCGAAGGCAGCACAGUUUUGAAAUUACUCUGUCGAUGAAGUAGGACAAGCUACACAUUUACUUUCAGCGUAAACAAUUUUACACGAGAAGGUACAUGAUGUCAUUCUACAGACAAAGAAAAGCCGUUUUGUUUACGUAUUUAAAUUAAAGUCAACACCGGCCAAAUAAAACUGUGUUGGCCAAAAAUUGCGAAUUUCUAAAACCAUUGACUCCGGUGUAAACUCGAAUGAAGACCAUUGUGAGCCUUCACAAACUGAAUGAAAGUAUUUUGGUUUCUGAAAUGUAGCCAUUUUAAAUUUGAAGUGAUCUGUAUUUAGCAAUCGAAUUGAAUUUCAAGUCAGAGAAUACUGUGCUUGACGAUCGGACUGUUAAGAUCAUAUCGGUCUGACGUUUCACAAGAAAAAAAUAUUACAAAAUACUUUUUUUCAAUCGACCAAUUGCUAAAGUGGAGUUGACAACCGAACCGAUAGCAGUAGUGAGGGGUUAAAGAUUAUCCCCGACUCUAAUCGAGUUCUACAAAAUAUGAUAAGCGUCAUACGCUAUUCGAGCAAAAUUGUAGUGGUGGACUAAUUUUAUCGCUGUUUCUGCAAAUAACUAAGACCUGUCUUUACUUACGGAUUAUGGCCUCACGGACAAAGUCGUGAAAUUAUCAUGUAAGCAUCACGGGUACAUCCCGUUUGACACGAGUCGGUGAUAGUCAAGAGUAACAUGUGUUUUCCCUUUGGCAAACGCUUGUUCGAUAAUAAUCGCGCGACGAUCAAAACCGCAUUUUCAUAUUGCGCUGAAAUCUGUGUUUAUCAUAAAUAGGCAGUAAUGAUGGUCCUUAUUUCACAGUGACUCUCGCGCGAUAAGAUCUUCAACAUUUUGUGACGAUAUAUAUAUAUAUAUAUAUAUAUAUAUAUAUAUGUAUAUAAUUUUUUUUCAUUCUUGAGAGCUUCUUAGUGAGUUCAUUCAAAAGUUGAGAAUAAAAAUAGCUCUAGUCGUGCAUGAACCAUUACGCGACCAGUAUUUCGCCAAAACCCAAAACCCAAACAGUGCAGAACCAUUACGCGACCAGUAUUUCGCCAAAACCCAAACAGUGCAGGGAAUAUUACUUAUUUUUUUAUUUAAGUGACAAGUGAUAUGCUAUUAAACAUAAUUUUUCCGUAAUUUUUUUCAGAAAACAAUCACGAUGGAGCCCUACUGUAUACCACCCGAGAUGAUAACAACUCCUCCCGAAGACCACUUAAAAAAGGCCAUAUACGUGAAACACUUUAACAUACACGGCGGUCGGGUGCGACCGCCAAUAAGGUACAACAAAGUGGGAGGAGGUAACCUUUUCCUAGAAUACCUGAUGUCUGUGCAAGGUCCGCAAGGAGUCGACAGACUAAUGACAGUGGGUUUUCGUCCUGAAAGAGGCAGAGACGAAGACUUCUCGGAAAGCAUCUUAAAAAGAAAUAUUCUUUUUAGUGGCGAGAUCUACCGCUUCCUGGGCCACUCCAACUCUCAACUUAAGGAGAGAACUUGUUUUCUAUUGAAUGACUCGGAUGAAGGCAUUUACGAGCUGCUUGCACAGUUUGGCGAGUUUUCCAAAAUCAAGACAACCGCUAAGCGCGCCAAGAGAAUUGGGCUUUUGUUCUCGUCGUUCGACCAAAGCACUAUUCUGCAAGAAACCCAAUACGAUGUCAUCGAUGACAUUGAGGGUGGAAAAUACAUCUUCACCGACGGAUGCGGUUUUAUGUCAGAUUCAUUUGCGCAAGAAAUUCAAGAUGUACACCGUCACCUUGAAAGCAAACCUUGUGUGGUACAAGUCAGGUACCAGGGUUUUAAAGGCGUCCUCGUCCUUAAUCCUCGGUUAAACGAUGGUGUUCAGGUUCAAUUCCGCAAGUCCAUGAAGAAGUUUAGCAUUCCAGAUGAGCGAGUGCGCCUGAGUUGUACCACGUUUGGUGUUGUAAAGUGUUCCCGGCCAUACACCAUGGGCUACCUUAAUAAGCAGAUUACGAUGUUGUUGGCCGACAGUGGAGUCAAACACAGCUACCUGCGACAGCUUCAGAAUAAUUUCCAUAUCAUGCUUCGAGAACUCUGUAGCGCCAGACAAUCUGCCGAGUCAUAUCUAUGUAUCAAAGGAGAGCAAAAAUUACUCGGUUUGCUGCAUGACUUUGGACUGGAGAAUCCUCGCCUUCAAAGACAGCUUAAAGCUCUUCGUGCAAAGGAGGUUCGCAAGAUGCAGAAAGAAAAUACCGAUGAAGAUGAAUCCAGUGUGACACAGACUUCAAGAUGUAAACUGCGGGUUUUAGUUCCAAAAUCGAGGGUAGUGUUCGGUGUGUGUGACCCCUUCCAAUCCCUCGAAUAUGGCCAGUGCGUUUUUCAACCCACUCUCUUUGACGAGGAGCAAAUGGAAGGUUUUCAAAGGGCUGAAGAAGUAAUAGUCGUGCGAAAUCCAUGCUAUCAUCCGGGUGACAUCCGUGUUCUAAAGCUUAUCAAGAACCAACCAGAGUACGCAUAUCUCAGCGAUUGCAUCGUGUUUCCGACGAAGGGAAGGCGACCACACGCCGACGAAUCUGCGGGAGGUGAUCUUGAUGGCGAUGAAUUCUUCGUUAGCUGGGACCAGAAUCUGAUUCCUUCGUGGCGCAGUGCUCCAUUUGACUACUCAAGUAGCAGUCCGCUUGUCAUGAUCUCCAACGCAUUUAGCCACUUGGGACAGUGGACUAGUUCCCUUCAGAACCGCAUUUCUAGUUGGGGUUACAGCAACAUGCCAUCUGUGUUUGGCACAGCUGAAGAGGCCGAGAGGAAAAAGAAAUUGAAGGAGCGAAGGCACAUGCUUGAGUACUUCAGCACGUACAAUAAUGAUCUAGUGGCGCGUGUCGACGCUAUAUUCAUGAAGUACGCUGCCCUUUAUGGUCCGUCAUGCCAAGAAUGUGUUCAUCUGAACAGGUACACAAUCCACUCUGUUUUGAAUGUCUUUCAAAAUAAUCCUGCUUCGCAGAGUUUCACGAAUGAAUCCUCAAAAAAGGCUAGAAUGUCUCGUGUUCUCAGGUCUUACAACUUUACAAAAUGCACGGGUUUCAAAUGAGUUAAUCAGACAACGUUCAGUUACUUUGGGCUGGAGAAAGAAAAAGUUUCUCUCACUGCAGACUAGUAGAGGUUCCAGUUAACUUAUAUCGUUUACUUAUACUAAAUGGUGUUUCCUUGCUCCAUCAGAUUUUUCUCAGACGCUGUGGACAUGGUGGCACAAAAGGUUUUUGUGCUAGCCACGCUUCGCAAUUAUGAGCGCAACUAUCAUCGUUUGGUACGAGAUCCAUUAGCGGCGCGUGUGGAUCCUGUGGAAUGGUACCGUGUCUGGAUGCAACAGAAACCGCCGUUCAAUCGAGGAGAUGACGUGUGGACGCCAAUGGAGGAAAAUACACGUGUAUUUGUGGAGGAAAUGUCAAGGAGACAAUAA